CGCUCUCGAUGAUACGGCGAAUGAAUCUAACUGAUAAUUGCGCCAAGAUUUGGUGUUUAAAACAUAAAAUAGUCAUUGGUGCAGUGAAUCUUCGCCCGUCUGCGUAAAAAGGAUCACCCGCACGUUUCCAGGGUAACCAAGUUGGAUUGGUCACAAGACCCCACCGGGGGCAAGCUGCCCGCACCAAACCUUCAAAAAUUCAAAUGUACCGCAGUCAAAUACUCAUUAGUGAGCAAAUAAAUUAAAGCAAAAAACCGUUAGUAUUCGCAAAAACAAAAAUAAUUAUUGAUAUUCUAGCAACCUCCAAAUAAUUCAUGGUGCGCGAUGCUUCAGUGGAAACCGCCUUGUCUUUGCGCGUUGCUUCGUCAACUUUUUCAACACUUUCUCGUCAACAGUUUGUGCAAGUGGAAGCAAUGCGAUCAUCAGGCAACAUUUUUCUUGUAGCUCCAUUGCGUCAGACCCCAACUGAGAACUAGUUUAAAUUGGGCCCCUCUGUAUGUUAAAUCAGCGGUGUUGGUAUUUGGUAUAAACAAGCCACAUUAUUCUAAUUAUUAAUCAAUUUGAUUAAGUUAGUUGCUUGAUGUCACCUUGAAUCAGUCCACAACUACGUAGGGAGUAUCUACCAUCUAUCAGAUAUCCAUCCAUAAGCCAUUUAAUCUGUUCAAAUGGCUUCAAACAGUUCCAGUCUCAGUUCGAUCAGUGCGACCGCAACGGCCGAUCAAGAGAUAUCAAAGAUCCGAAGAUAUUUACCACAAAUUCUAGCUGUGAGUGUGAAAAGCGUGCUGUUGGUCGUCUAUGGGCUCACCAUGGGAUUGCCUACCAUUCUCAUACCCAGUUUGUCGGGCGGGAUACCAGGUGAAACUAUCGAGCUGGAUAAGGAUGGCAUUUCUUGGAUAGGUUCUUUAAACUACCUCUGCGUACCGCUCGGAUGCAUCUUAUCAGGAACGAUCACCAAACCGAUAGGCAGAAUCAAGGCGAUGCAAGCCAUCUGCAUGCUGUUUGUGGCCGCAUUUCUGCUCUUCCAUUUCGCCAAUCAAGCCUGGCAUAUCUUUGUGGGGCUAUUUUUGACGGGGUUCACUGGAGGACUUCUAGAAGCACCCACCCUGAUCUACACGGUAGAAGUAACGGAACCGAGCCUUAGGGGUGCAAUGUGCUCAUCCUCAACCCUAGCCAUUGCCUUAGGGGUGAUGGUGUCCUUCAUCCUAGGGACGGUAUUCCCAUGGCGAACCAUGGUGCUCAUAAACGGAACGAUCCCAUUGGCUGGAGUGAUUUUACUGUUUUUCAUUCCAGAGUCGCCCUACUGGCUAAUAAUGAGGCAACGGGUAGAUGAAGCCGGAAGAAACCUGGCCUGGUUGAGAGGCUGGACUAAAGUAGAUAAUGUCCGGGAGGAACUGCAACUGUUGAGCGAAAGGUUCCAGCAGCUGGAGGCCGAUGAGCCAAGCUGGAAAAAAUCCCUUAAACAGUAUGGCAAAGCCACCUUUGUGCGGCCCUAUCUUUUGAUUUGCCUCACUUUUGUAAUGGCCUACUCCGGCACCACUCAGAUCAACAUAUUUGCGAUCAAACUGUUCGAGCUCCUCAAAGUCCCCCUGGACUCCUACUACGCCACCAUCCUCAUAGGAUUUGUGGAGUGUCUGGGAAGCAUUUGCCUGAUGGUUGCAGUUAGAUGGCUGGGGAAACGCCUCCUGUGCUUCAUUGCCCAAUCAGGCAUCGCAGUUGCCUUCAUCAUCACCGGGGUUUACACCUACCAACUGGGCAUAUGGAACUUCGACGCUCCGAUUGCAAAGGAGUCAAUUCCCAACCACACUUGGCUGCCUUUGAUCAGCAUCCUUUCCAUUGGCUUCUUCAGCUACCUGAUGACUUUCACCCUCCCAUGGAUAAUCAUGGGGGAACUGUAUCCGAAUAACAUCAGGGACACCGCAUCUGGACUGUCUGCAGGCUCUGGAUACAUCAUCGCCUUCAUUGCAAACAAACCCUUUCUGGAUCUGGUCAACUGGAUAACUCUUCCGGGGGUUUUCUGCAUGUACAGCGCUGUAGCCUUAGCUGGGAUGGUCUUCAUGUACUUUUUGCUUCCGGAAACUGAAGGAAAGCCUUUGAGUGAGGUGACCGACCAUUAUGCGCAAGGGGGCGUCCGCUUGAGCAACCAGGUGGGCAGAUCGAGCUCUAAAUCGAAAAGGGAUGAUGGCGAAUUUUGUGCUCAAUAAAAUGUUGCUCUAGUUUU